CUUUGUGGAAAAAAUUCAGAAUGUUAGAUCAGCUCUUACUAAUAUCGGAGGGUUUGAAAUUCCUUUGAUUACAGAGAAGACACUAGAUACGCUAUCUCCAACAACUCCUGAUGAGACAAGGUCAAUCAUAAUGAGGUCACCUUCUAAAUCCAGUGAACUUGACCCCAUACCAACAUUGCUUAUGAUACAAUGUCUUCCUGCUAUUAUACCAUCAAUUGUAACUAUAAUUAACACAAGUCUUGGUUCAGGGAUAGUUCCUGACAGUAUGAAGAUUGCAGCAGUGCGCUCACCUUGAAAAAAUCUAAUUUGGAUAGUGAGUGUCUCCAGAACUAUAGACCUAUCUCAAAUUUGUCAUAUCUGUCCAAACUCACAGAAUGAGUGGCUUUCUCACGUCUUCGCACAUAUCUUAUUGAAAAUAAUUUAAUUGAUAAUUUCAAUCUGCCUACCGCCCGCCCCAUAGUGUCGAAACGCUGCUAACUAAUCUUGUGGGCAGUAUCCUCUCUGAAAUGGAUAAAGGUAACGUUACUUUUCUUGUGCUACUUGAUAUGUCAAGUUCUUUUGCACUAUUGACCACACAAUACUUGUUAAGAGACUACAUUCUCUUGGGGUAACAGGCACUGCGUUGCAGUGGUUUUCAUCAUAAAAGAACCCAGUAUGUCUCUGUAAAUAAUUCUCAAUCUGACAAAACUUAAAUUUCAUAUGGUGUGCCACAAGGGUCCGUUGGUGGCCCGUUAAUGUUUUCUGUCUACCUUGAGCCAAUCAGUACAAUAAUUAGAAAGCAUAAUAUAAAGUAUCAUUGUUAUGCUGAUAACAUUCAGCUUUUCAUUUCUGUACAUCCUUCCUCAGAUGCAAUUGCCGAUGCUAGGAGAACUUUAGAAGCCUGUAUUCAUGACAGGAAAGGCUGGACGGAUUCCAACGGUCUUAAAAUAAAUGAAAAUAAAACUGAGUUUAUCAUUUUGGGCUCUAAGAAUUCUUUACUGAGAGCAAAUCAUACUCAUUUAGGCUUGCAUGUACCGGUAGGUGGCAAAGUUCUAAAUUCAGCCUCAAAGGUCUGUAACCUCGGUGUGAUAUUUGACAAUAAUAUGUCAUUUAUUGAACAUGUAUCUAACAUAUCCAAGUCUGUGAGAAUUCAACUGCAGAACCUUGGGUUCAUACGAAAAUCUUUGACUCAAAAAGCAUGUGAACAAUUAAUCCAUGCAUUAAUCUCAUCUUGAUUAGAUUUUUGUAAUUCUUUCCUAUUUGGACUCGCCAAACAGCAGCAAGACAGAUCGACUGCAAUUCCUCCAAAAUUCCAGUGCAAGACUCUUUACUUUCACACCAAUAAUGUCCUCUAUUACGCCUAUAUUACGCUCUCUUCACUGGCUACCUGUCCAGAAAAGGGUCCACUUCAAAAUUAUGUUACUUGUUUAUCGGGCUCUCCAUGGAAUUUUUCCACAAUAUAUUAAAGACUCACUACACCCCUACAAUCCAACUCGUACCAUAAGAUCUGGAUGUGAUAAUUUGCUGCAAAUUCCCCGUACCCACCAUUCAUGGGGAGACCAUGCUUUUUCACAUGCAGCAGCCAAAUUAUGGAAUAAGCUUCCCCCAUCACUUUGCUGUAUUGCAACAUACUCCACCUUUAAUAAAGAUUGUCAUCAGACUUACCUAUUCCAUCUUUAACUCAGUACUUCCUUAACUUGUAUAAGUUUAUUUUACUAAAUCCAUAAUUGAUAUGCUAUUUGUAUAUACAUCUGAAAUUAAUUAGUUAUCACCGUUUAGUCUCAUUGGCUGCCCUUGUGGGGCCUGGUGGCCUCAGAUGCUAGAGAUCCUGUGAAUAAUGUGCUGACUGGGCUAGUCCCUUAAAUUGUCAGUGAACGUCAACGGAGCAGCUGGAGGGCACCCGGCCCCACCGGGCAGAGCUGAGGAUUUAAAUGGGUUAAAUAAAUGAAUAUUGGAAAAUUGUUUACUUUACUUGUAUAAAAAAGAACUGUUGCUGAGCUAGCGCCAUGAGCGUCCCCGGACGGUGUGUGCGCUCUAUAAGUUUACAGUAUUAUUAUUAUUAUUAUUAUUAUUAUUUAUCAUUCUAUUAACCAUCUUCUCCUGUCACCUUAUAAUAAUUCUUAUUUCAUCCCAUCCCAAUCAUCACCUUGUAUAUAUAGGAAUUAUUAAAUUUUAUACAGGAUUUCUUCUAUUGUGUAACAACUCUUGUCUCGUGCAAUAUGAUUUAUGCUUAACUAUAAUUGGAUGAUCACCUUUACGUGUUGCUAAAGAAGGGUCACCAACUCGAUGGCUACCGUCUAUAUCUUGCUCCUGAAGAUCAACUUUAAUUUGCUUACCUUCUUCACAAACGACAGUAUUCAAUUUGGUGUAUUCUCCACGCUUCUCUAUGAGACCUCAGAUUAUUUUGCAGCUGUUUUGAGAUAACUGCUCUAUCUGUUAACUUGAAGUUUCAGGUUUGACAUUUUGUUGAGGCUUGUAUCAGUUGACUUGGAAGAUGUUUGAUGGCUGUCUCCCUCUCAUUCACCUUCAUCUCGACAUCCAUCAAGGUUGAUUUUGCCUUCUCUGAUGAGGUGUGAAGAGUUGGACAAUGGACAAGACAAUAUACACCCACAUACAACAGCAUGCAGUGGAGAGAAGACCCAUCUGUGUUUACAUUGCAGUAAGACAUUUACAGAUGAGAACAUUCUUAUAGUACAUAAAAAAAAACACCAGGUCGACUAUGAGCGUACUAGCCACCUUAGAACACAAACUGGAGAGGAAACUUUCAAGUGUUCCCAGUGUGAUGAGGGUUUUCCACAUAAAAGUACCCUUAUUAGACAAUUAAGAAUACACAGCCUCAACAAAAAGCCGCAACGAUGUUGCCAUUGUGAUGAGACGUUUUAUCAAAAGAAUGAGCUUACUAGCCACCUUAGAACACAUACACGAGAGAAACCAUUUAAGUGUUCCCAGUGUGAUAGGGGUUUUACUUGCCAAAGUAAUCUAGGAAAUCAUCUAAGGACGCAUACAGGAGAAAAGCCUUUUCACUGUUCCCAUUGUGAAAAGGGUUUUUCUGUAAGAAGUUCCCUCAUUAGACACCUUAGAACACAUACAGGAGAGAAACCCUUUAAGUGUUCCCAGUGUGAUAAGGGGUUUUCUGUAAAGACUAGUCUUACUACCCACCUUAGAACACAUACAGGAGAGAAACCCUUUAAGUGUUCCCAGUGUGAUAAGGGGUUUUCUGUAAAGACUACUCUUACUACCCACCUUAGAACACAUACAGGAGAGAAACCAUUUAAGUGUUCUCAGUGUGAUACAGGUUUUGCUGAAAGAGGUACCCUUAUUAUACAUUUAAGAACACACAGUGGAGAAAAGCCUUAUCAAUGUUCCUAUUGUGAUAAGACAUUUGCUCAACUGACUAGUCUUACUCGCCACCUUAGAAGACAUACAGGAGAGAAACCCUUCAAAUGUUCCCAGUGUGAUAAGGGUUUUUCCCAUAAAACUUCCCUUAAUCAACAUUUAAGAUCACAAAGCCUCACUGAAAAGCCUCUACAAUGUUUCCAUUGUGAUAAGAGUUUUUCUCAGAGAUGUCACUUUACUAGACAUUUAAGAACACACGAUGAAGAAAAACCUUUCAAAUGUUCCCAUUGUGAUAAAGGUUUUUUUCAAAGUAGUACCCUUAUAAGCCAUUUAAGAACACACAUGUACUAGAAAAAAAAAAAAAAAUGUCUCGAUUGUAAUAUGAGAUUUUCUUAUCAAAGGGAUGUUAUUAGCUAGCUUAGAUAACAGGCAGGAAACCCUUUAAUGUUCUUAAUGUGUGUACAGGUUUUUCCGAGUGAGGUCAUCUUACCUGUCAUGUGAGGACAUACACUAGGAAAAAACCUUAUAAAAGGGAUGUUACUACAGAAGAGAGUGUUCCUAAAAAAUAAGGAAUUUUAUUAUAUAAGUGAGCUCACAAGGCAUUUAAAAACACAUCCUAUAAAUGUUAAGAUUGUAAAAAAGAGAUUUUCUUUUAACAGUAAUCUUACUAGUUAUCUGAAAAUACAUACUGGAGAAAAGCCAUUGAAAUGUUGACUUUGUUCUGAAAGGGAUUUUAUCGUUUAUACAGUGCAUGAUCUUGAUAAUUGCCUGAUAACACACAGAGUAGAAAUGCUACAUAAAUGUAUUAAACGUAAUAAAGGGAUUUUGUUGUAUAAGUGGUCUUUAAAAAAUAAUAUAAUCCUAAGUUUAUUGCUUCAAAUCUGAAUAAAUAAAAAAGCAGUUUGUGAAGGAAAUUUACAUAAUAAUGAGUGGUACAUUAUAAACUAUAACGUAAAGAAUACAUUGAAGAUAACAUUGAUAACAAUUUUACAUACUUGUUUUGCCAUUUCAAUGUAUGUUCAGCAUUUGUCCUUGUCUUGUGGUAAUAACUCUUUCCGCUUUUUCUAAAUAAAUAAUUUCCAACUUGAACUGUGACCAUUAUUAAAUCUCUAGUUAUACCAAAAUUGAUUUAUUUA